ACGUGAUCAGUAAGAUGGCAUCCAAUGCGAGUCAUUUUGUCGGCGCAGGAAAAAACGGUCUCGCACGCUACGUGCGUCAACUCAAACGGUUGACGUUACAGUUUUGCAGUCAAGGAGGCAGCAGCCGGGGAUUAAGAGAGUACAUUGACGGGGAGAUAACGCGAUUUGCGAGGAACACACCGCAAGUGGCUGUGUAUGUAAGAGAAAGACGAAGACGACAUCCGCGCUUGAUUGGAGAGUUUUUGAAUGGCAACAGUCGUGUAGUGUCUGUCAAGAAUUUCACUUCAUCCGAGGUGGCAAAACACGUGAAAACCCUUACAAACAUGUCAGGUGCAAAGCCGGCCAAACUGAACAAACGAUGGCACACAGACAACCCAACCAUCCAAGGCAAUUGGACUCCGUUUAUGCAUAAGAAACAUUUGCAGAAGCCAAGCCUACAGUCAAGAAAAACUAACAAUUUUUGA